ACCAGAGAAAAUUUCCUUCAAAGCCUGUGUGUGAGUUAAUUUCCUUUUUAUAGUCUGGUGUUUAUCAUAAAUAUUUAUCAUUUGAAAAUUGAAUUUACUAGUGAAAAAUAUAUAUUUUUCUAACUCUAGUGUUAAAUAAUAAAUAAAACAAUUUAAAGUACCGUUUUUUCUCUUCAAUUUCCAAAUGUAAUUUCCAUUAAUUGUCGAAAAAAAAAAUAAGUUUUAUUAUAAAAUCGUCAAUUUAGUUCAUUCGUAGAGUUUUUAAAACUCCAACAACAACAACAAAAAAAAAGAGAGGAUGGGAAGCAGUGGUCAACUUUAUAGCCUCUCGUGGGGUGAAUUUGGUUCAUCCUUAACCUCUGCUGUACAAAUUCUACGAGGUCAUGGAGAUUUAGUCGAUGUUACUUUAGCAGCAGGAGGACGAAGUUUUCAAGCUCAUAAAAUUGUUCUUUCGGCUGCAAGUCCAUUUCUUCUUGAUUUGUUAAAGGAUACACAGUGUGAACAUCCGGUAGUAAUGUUAGCGGGAAUUGGUGCCGAGGAUUUGGAGACUAUUUUGGAAUUUGUUUAUCGAGGUGAAGUCAGAGUGGAACCUUCAAAAUUGCCUUCUCUGCUACAAGCAGCCAAUUGUCUAAAUAUUCAUGGACUAACACCACCAACGAUAGUACCUGAAAAAGUGGAGGAAAAAGCACCUUCAACAACAACAGUUACUGGUGAAACGUCAAAAGAAGCAACGUCUUCUGUUUCAAGUAGAAAACGAAGAAAAAAAAGAAAGACCACAUCAACAUCAGCGGAAAAAUUAAGAAAAAUUGAAACCACCGAAAGAGAAAUGAGGUAUUUGGAACGUGCCAACAAUAGAAAUAUGGAAUUAAAUCGCAAGAAUGAAGAAACCGAAGAUGGUAAAAGCAAAUUUUUAUUUUCAGGUAUGGAUCAUCGUGGUCCAUCGCCAUCACUUGUUCGUCCCGUGCCAAUGAGUGAAAAUCUUCAUCAUGAAUCUACCUCCGAUUCAGAACCACCUCUACUACAUACAUUAAUGCCAAUGCAACCAUAUUCACCGCUUCAUAUUCCACAAUUUCCCGCAUCAUUGGGCAUUGGUUAUCCGCCAUUGUCUUGCGUUUCACAAAAUCAAAGUUUAAUUGCAGCUGCAGCGGCUGCUGCGGCCGCAGCAGCAUCAUCUGGUAAAAUACGUGGCGCCUCCGAUUGUCCUGGUGUUUGUCCAUUAUGUGGUGCAACAUUACGUCAAGCAAGAAAUUUACGUCGACAUUUAUUGUCAUCUUGUAAAUAUAGAUUAAAUAGUUUCGCUGGUUUACGUAGUCAUUCACCAUCUGAUUCAAUGAUGAUUGAAGUUAAACCCGAAGUUGAUGUCACAAAUUAUUCGGCGCACGAUUCAUUUAAAUUAGAAGAAAACAGUAGUUGUGAGCAAAUUAUUUGUAAACCAAGUUUAUUACCAUCGCCUUCGACACAUGUCUCUUCACAUAAUAGUAAUGUUGUUUCAUCGCCAAAAAUAGCCAGAUGAAAAUGAAUUUAAUUUUAAAUUUUAUUAUAAAAAAAAAUUGUUUUUUUUUUUUUUUUUUUCAUUGAAAUUUCAACAAUUUUCUCUAGAAAUUAUUAAUUAUUAAUAUUAUUAAAAUUAUUAUUUUUAUUAGA